UGGUUUCACUUGGCCAAUUCCUGGAGUGACAGUAGAGAGCAGUCAAGUUUUUGGCGCCGUUGCCGGGGACGGCUAGGUUGUUGAAGAAAAGUGAUUUCUGUUAAUUUAGCUUUUCUUUUUACUUUGUUUACUUUGUCCCACUUGUGCCUUCACGGGUUUGUUGCUUGAGUGUGUGCAGGUAGUGCAUGACCCGUAGCCAGUCGGGUGGUUUACUGCCGUUGAAUCCAGAGAUUGACCGCACCUGUCGCCAGCUCAGGAGACAACAGCGAGCUAGACUGGCUACGGAAGAGCGCAUAGACGGCCACCUGAGCAGCGAUUCUGAAGAAGAGCACGGGAUGGACGGAGACUACAACCAACACCAGGGGAAUCCACAGCAGGUUCCCCCGGUGAAUCAGGUCCUGGGGAACAACCCCAUACCCCAGGACCAUGGAGUUCAUCAUCCACCGCAGCCGGGUCCCACCUUGGAGUACUACUACACUCCGCGGAUUGCUGAUAUCCGCCCGGUCAUCCUCUACCCGCCGAUCCCAGCAAACAACUUCGAGAUCAAGCCAUGCUGGAUUCAGCUCAUCACAUCCUCGAUCCAGUUUCAUGGCUUGAAGGAUGAGGAGGCCAGGGUACAUCUGUCCCGUUUUCUGCAGCUGACAAACGGGUUCAAGCUGAACGGUGUUCCCGAUGAUGCGAUCCGCCUUCAUCUCUUCCCCCAUUCUCUGGCGGGAAAUGCUAAGAGGUGGUUGGAGACCCAGCCCCCAUUGUCCAUCACCUCUUGGGACGAUCUGGCGGACAAGUUCGUGCACAGGUACUAUCCGGCAUCGAAGACUACAGAGAUUCAGCGGGAGAUCACUCACUUCCGCCAGGAGCCAGAUGAGUCACUCCGUGAUGCUUGGGAGCGGUACAUGGGCUACUUCUGGCAGUGCCCCCACCAUGGCUUUAGUGAUGCUUUCACUGUGGGGAACUUCUACAGUGCCCUUUCGCCAGAUAGCCAGAGGGUGAUUGAGUCUCUAUGCCCAGGAGGGGAUAUUCUUACCAAGACUCCACCCGAGCUGAACCAGAUGAUCAGUACUUUGGCUGCCAGAGAUCAUUCUUGGGGACAGGGUAGCCGAGGCAGACAGUCCCGGGACCGUGGUGUGCACGCCAUGGAGACCAGAUCCGGGCUCGAGCAGCAGGUAGCUGAGCUAGUGCAGACAUUGAAGCAGCCCAACAGUCUGAUUCCGGGCAGAGGUUUGGCUACACCUCCAGUAGCUCAAUGUCAGUGGUGUGAGAGCUCCAGUCACCUGGUGGAGGACUGCCAGGCUAUGAGGGAGUCUACCACACCCCAGGAGUAGAAGACUCUCGCAUAGCCUAGAAGUCUUCCACCAGAUGAUUUGAGCUCUCACACCACUAACAUUGAGCUACUGGAAGUGUAGCCAAACCUCUGCCCGGAAUAAGACUGUUGGGUUGCUUCAAUGUCUGCACUAACUCGGCCACCUGCUGCUCGAGCCCGGACCUGGCCUCCAUGGCGUGCAAACCACGAUCCCUAGAAUUUUUGCCUCUGGUGCUCUGCCCCUAGGAGUGAUCUCUGGCAGCCAAGGUACUGAUCAUCUGGUUCAGUUCGGGUGGAGUCUUAGUAAGAAUAUCCCCUCCUGGGCAUAGAGACUCAAUCACCCUCUGUUGUCCAGAUAGAGAGCACUGUAGAAGUUCCCCACGGUGAAUGCAUCACUGAAGCCAUGAUGGGGACACUGCCAGAAAUACCCAGAUUACCGCUCCCAUGCAUCACGAAGUGACUCGUCUGGCUCUUGGCGGAAGUGAGUGAUCUCUCGCUAGAUCUCUGUGGUCUUCGAUGCUGGAUAGUACCUGUGCACGGACUUGUCAGCCAGAUCGUCCCAAGAAGUGAUGGACAAUGGGGGCUGGGUCUCCAACCACCUUUUAGCAUGCCCCGCCAGAGAAUGGGGGAAGAGGUGAAGGCGGAUUGCGUCAUCAGGGACAUCGUUUAGCUUGAACCCGUUCGUCAGCUAUAGAAAACGGGAAAGGUGCACCCUUGCCUCCUCGUCCUUCAAGCCAUGAAACUGGAUAGAGGAUGUAAUGAGUUGAAUCCAUCAUGGCUUGAUCUCGAAGUUGUCAACUGGAAUGGGCGGGUAGAGGAUGACAGGGCGGAUAUCAGCCACCCGUAGAGUGUAGUAGUACUCCAAGGUGGGACCCGGCGGUGGUGGUUGAUGAUGAACCCCAUCUGCCUGGGGUACUGGGUUGUCCCAGGAUCUGGUUCACUGGGGGAAGCUGGAGAGGUAGCCCCUGUGGCGGGUUAUGGUCUCCUUCCAUCGCGUACUCUUCCUCGGAAUCGCUGCUCAAGUGGCCGUCUAUGCGCUCCUUUGUAGCCAGUCUAGCUCGUUGUUGUCUCCUAAGUUGGCGACAGGUGCGUUCAAGCUCCGGAUCCAACGGCAGUAAACCUCCUGACUGGCUGUAACACCCUACCCUAUACGUUCUGCCUAAUCAUAUUGUUCAUACAAUUGCAGCGGAAUUAAUCUCGGGUGUUACAUUAAUUAUCAAAAUUUACCCAAAUAAAAUUUCGACAUGAAUUACUCGCGUAAUGGGCUAACAGUUCUUGCAACUUAUUCUGCAAAAUAAUUCAUCACAAACAUAUAUACUCACAACCAUAUGCAUUGGCUUUUCUUAGCCAUAGUCACAACUUACACAGUUACACAACAUAUACACAUAUCAUCAACUUUUCACACUUGUGGAUAUCUCACACUACAUCAGAAGCUAGUAUGCACAUGAAAAACGUUCUCAAAACAUUUUUACAAAAAGGUGUGGAUCACUGGCCAAAAUCCCGAGUAGUAGUCCAAGCACAGAAUGGUUGAAGACCAUACCUCAUCUUGCCUUCAACUCUUGCUCAGCUCCCACCUAUACACCUAUCUACUGCUGAUGAUGAUGAUCUGCUUACACAUAGCAUAAGCAGAGAAAAAGGAUAAAGAGGGUCAGCUCAU